AUGAUGAGCAAUAAGAUGAUCCAGAGGCAGCAGGAGAGGAAGGCUGCGCGCGACAAGAUCAAAGCAUGGGCUGCAGAACAUCCUCCCAGUGAAGAGGCCAAAAUAGUUCUGGCUUACCUUUGGAAACGCACCAACACCAGCAAGGGAGGGUUUUGCGUGGAAGCCACAGCAGCAAGUGUCAUGCGAACGGCUCUGAUCUUGAGUCUGCCGAACCAUGGCACAGAAGAGUUGCAAGCCUUGGCCGGGAAGAAGAUGCCAACGAAGGGACUUUACGACAAGUCCGUCUCCAUGAUCCUUAGCAAGGCCUGUGACCAUCUUCUCUUGGGCACAGCCUGGGACCCCGAAUGGGCUGCAGAGAUUCACUUGGUUCCGGAAACAAUGAUCAGCAUCCCUCAGAAGCAAUUCGAGGGCCUUGAGGGCGAUGCUAAAACGAAAACUCAAAAGGCGGUUGAUCAAGGAAAAAAAGACAAUGUCAGACCACAGCUUCCUAUUGAGAAGUACCUCUAUUGCAUACUCAAGAGCGUGUGGAAGCAAGGGGACAUCAAAGGCGUGGCUGCGGCUGCAUAUGAGACGGGUGUCCCUAAUGGGGAGGUGCUCGCGAAUCACCAACAACUUGACCUGUUCAAGAAUAACGGGCCCCAUUUUGACUCUGCUGGGGGCUUGAACAGGCAGGGAUGGGUUGCGGUGGAGGUGAUGCGGGCGCUUUGGGUCGACUUGAGCCUAGGCUCUUGA